AUGUCACCGUCGUUACUUAUCUCAGAGCGUCUGGAGAAUGGAUGUGACACCGGGCUGGGCCUGGCUGAGCUCCUGGAGCGGCAAGCCAUGGUCCGCGGCACAGCCAUUGCCAUUGAAGAAGGCCAGUACGAAGUCACAUACGGCGAACUUCACGAGAAGGCCCUCUUCGUCGCCGAGCAGGUCAACAGUAUCCUCCACGAUGACCCUUCGCCAGUCGGCAUUAUUGCCCCCCGCAGUUUGAAUCACGUAUUGUCGCAGGCCGCUGUGAUCUACUCGGGCCGGGCUUGUGUGCCGUUGGACCCCAAGCUCCCAGACGAGAUGCUCAGAGACAUGCUGGAAAACUUGGGAUCGACCCUCGUCAUCACGGAUAUUGUACAACAGCAUAGACUACCGGGCGUUAAACAUCUGGUGGUUGAUCAUCGCGUGGUUCCGGAGACCUUCGAUUUAAACAUUGCCCCCAGUCAGAACGGGCCGCAGACAUGCUCUCAUGUGCUCCACACCUCGGGCACAACCGGCAAGCCGAAGGCAGUCGAGGCGUUUGCGGAGGGGCUAAUUAAUCUUUGCCUGGAUUCAGCGGACCUCAUCCGGAAGGGACAGCGUGUUGGGCACGGUUCCAACGUCAUCUUUGAUACCUCCCUGGUGGAGAUAUGGGGUCCCUUGCUGCGCGGAGCAACCAUGGUCAUCAUCCCCCAUGAGAUUGUCCUCGAUCCGUCUGCUCUUAGCGUGUUCGUCAAAGAGAAAGAACUCAAUGUGUUGCAACUCACAACCUCUCUGCUCACCGUGACGGCUUACGCCUGUCCGGAUGCUUUCUCGACUCUGGACACCCUUAUUACUGGAGGUGAGGCAAUCAACUGCCAGACAAUCCAGUCCAUCUUCGAUGCCGGAGCCCCAGGCCGCAUUAUCAAUGGUUAUGGUCCGACAGAAGCCAGUAUAUAUGUUUUGUAUCACCAAGUCUCGGAAGACGAGGCCCGCCGGGGUGAGAUCCCCGUGGGAAAGCCAUUCGGCGACGUCGAGGUGUUUCUCCUUGAUGACAAUAUGAACACAGUCAAGGCGGGUGAAGUCGGCGAGCUCGUGGUAUCUGGCGUAGGUGUUGCCGGGGGAUAUAUUGGGGACGCUCAGAAAACUGCCAAGAGCUUCGUUGUUCUUCCGCAACUGCACCGGAAGGUGGAGCGGGGACCCCACCACAUGUAUCGAACUGGAGACUUGAUGCGUGCAGAUGAGAAAGGCGUGUACUACUACCUCGGACGGAAAGACAAUCAGAUCAAGAUUCGUGGCCAACGCGUGGAACUGGAGGCCUUGGAAUCGGCCCUAGUUGGCACGGGCCUAGUGAGUGCUGCUGUGGUGGUGAAGAUCACACCGGAAGAAGUUGGCCGUGGCCAGUUUCUGCUGGCCUACUGUAUUCCUUCCUCACCUGAUGUUGCGGAUGGCGCCAUCAUGAAAGCCUACAUGGAGCAAGCACCAGAUCUCAUGGUUCCCCGUUUGGAGCUCAUUGACGUCUUGCCCCUUCGCUCCACCGGCAAAGCGGACCGGAAGGCUCUGGAAGAACGGUAUUACCAGAAGCUCAAGCGCUCACGGGCUAAUGGAGCCAAUGGAAGUGUCAACACUGGCAGCAACGCUGCUAAGCUGGAGUAUAUCUGGAUUGACGUCUUUGGUCUCACUGUCGAGCAUCUACGUCCAACCGACGACUUCGUGGCCAUGGGUGGAACGUCCUUGAUCGCCGCCACCAUGAUCGCUCGCAUCAAUCAAACAUUUGGCAUCUCGUUGCGCGCCCAAAUGCUCUACGAGAAUACCAGCUUCGAGAGUCUGACGCGGCUUGUGACCAACAUCCAAGUUCAUGGAGACGACUCAAGUAUUCAGGCUGAACAGGAGGUCUGGCUACAGGACUCUAAGUUGGGCGAACACUUGCGGCCUAUCGGAGGCAUUAUUCCUCACUGGCAGGACGAAAAUGAAGGCAGGGUCUUCCUGACGGGAGCUACGGGCUUUGUGGGUGUGUUUCUCCUGGCCACACUCGUGAAGCGGCCUGAUGUUAAAAAGGUGGCCUGUUUGGUGCGCGCCGACGACGAGCCCUCGGCCCGGGCACGUCUCGAGAAGACCAUGGAGAAGUACAGUCUCUACGCAAACAUGGACAAGGUCAUCGCCCUGCCAGGCAAUUUCGGACAACCACGGCUGGGUCUGUCUCCGGAGCAGUACGAUUACUUCGCGACAUGGUCUAGUGUGAUCUUCCACCUCGGGGCCAAGGUGAGCUACGUCGCUCCUUAUUCCUCCCACCGCCAGGAGAAUACUAUCGGGACCUUGAACAUGCUCGAGUUUGCUACUCACCGGCGGACCAAGGCCAUGCACUACUCGUCCACCAUCGCGGCCUACGGUCCAACUGGAUAUGUUACGGGCGCCAAGCUGCUGCCAGAGGAUGAACGGCCCGCGCCGCACUUGGCUGCUCUGCCCAGCGACACUGGUUAUGCUCAAAGUCAGUACGUGGCGGAGGCGAUCGUUUGGAAUGCCAUUGACAACGGCUUCCCCGUGGCCAUUUACCGUCCAGGAUUUGUCCUGGGCCAUAGCAAGUCCGGCAUCUGUAACCCGGACGAUUUCAUCUCCCGUCUCUUCACCAGCUGUAUGGACAUGGGGCUGUAUCCCAUCCUACCCAACCAGCGCAAGGAAUUCAUCCCUGUAGACUUCGUUGUCGAUUCCAUCCUUCAUAUCUCCACAACCCACGAGAAUUUGGGCCACGCCUACAACCUCGUGCAGCCUGACCUUAACAACGCUAUCGACAUCAACACCAGCUUUGACCUGCUCAAUCAGCUUUCUCCCUACAAGAUGGAAGGAGUGCCUUACGAGCAAUGGGUGAACUCGCUCUCUGAGCGAUUGGAUGAUCCUCUGCAUCCCCUCACCCCUAUGCUCAGGGAGAAGGUGUUUGGCAACAUGACCCGCUGGGAGGUCUAUGAGAACAUGGCUGAGUACGGGCGGGAGAAUAUCCGCCGCGCCCUGCAAGACGCUCCGCACAUCCUGAACCGGGAGGAUAUUGAGGUGCUCUUCCACCGAUCGUUGAAAAGUUGGCUACCAUGCUGUGUAUGGCACAAGCCUGUACGCAUGCAAGUGUGA